CCGCAGUAGCCCCGCCCAGCUGUGGUGUCUGCGUGCCCUUUGAUUAGUUCUGUCACUGCUGUCAGGUUUGCGGGUACGAUGGAGGUUUCUCAGCUGCGUUUUGAUGGCAGGGUUGUCCUGGUCACCGGGGCUGGGGGAGGUCUCGGAAAAGCCUAUGCUCUGGCAUUUGCAGAAAGAGGAGCCUCCGUGGUUGUGAAUGAUUUGGGAGGCGACUUCAAGGGGGAGGGAAAAAGUUCAUCAGCUGCUGACCAGGUUGUAGAAGAAAUAAGGGCCAAAGGAGGGAAGGCAGUGGCCAACUAUGAUUCGGUGGAAGAUGGGGAGAAGCUCGUACAGACAGCCCUGGAUGCUUUUGGGAGAAUAGAUAUUGUCAUAAACAAUGCUGGGAUUUUAAGAGAUCGGUCGUUUGCAAGAAUAAGCGAUGCUGACUGGGAUAUUAUUCAUAAGGUUCACUUGAAGGGAUCCUUCAUGGUCACCCGGGCAGCAUGGAAUCACAUGAAGAAUCAGAAGUUUGGAAGGAUUAUAAUGACUUCAUCUGCUGCUGGUAUUUAUGGCAAUUUUGGACAAGCAAACUACAGUGCUGCCAAACUUGGACUUGUUGGUCUGUCUAACACGCUUGCCCUGGAAGGAGUGAAGUACAACGUCCACUGUAAUUCUAUUGCACCUACAGCAGGCUCCCGACUCACCCAGACGGUUAUGCCACAAGACCUUGUGGAUGCCUUGAAACCUGAGUAUGUGGCUCCUCUUGUAUUAUGGCUUUGCCAUGAAAGCUGUCAAGAAAACGGUAGUUUAUUUGAGGUGGGCGCAGGCUGGAUUGGAAAAAUGCGUUGGGAAAGAUCUCUUGGGGCCAUUAUCAGACAGAAGAAUCGUCCAAUGACUCCCGAAGCUGUGCGUGAUGAGUGGAACAAGAUCUGUGACUUUGAUAAUGCCACAAAGCCACGUACUAUCCAAGAGUCUACAGGCUUGCUGUAUGAAGUGCUUUCUACUAUUGAUUCCGGGAAAGGAAUUUCUAUGAAUCCCACAAGUCAAACAACAUCCAGUUUUGACCCCAGCCAAGCCGUCGGAAAAAAGCUACCUGGAUCCCAGUACAGCUACAACCACAUGCAGCCAAUCCUGUAUGCACUCGGAGUGGGAAUGUCCACCAAGGAACCCGACCACCUCAAAUUCUUGUAUGAAGGAAGUGAAGACUUCUCGUGUUUGCCAACGUUUGGUGUUAUUCUGUCACAGGCUUCCUUCAUGGCUGGCGGGCUUUCCUCGCUUCCUGGGCUUAAUAUUGAUUUUACAAGGUUGCUGCAUGGAGAACAAUAUCUAGAAGUGUACAAGCCCAUACCAACUUCAGGAGAGUUGACUUCAGAGACCACGGUGGCAGACAUCCUUGACAAGGGCUCAGGGGCAGUCAUUUUACUGGAUGUGCACACAUACUGUGGGAAGGACCUCAUAUGCUACAACCAGUUUUCCUUGUUUAUUGUUGGAGCUGGAGGAUUUGGUGGGAAACGCUCCUCACCAAAAGCCAAGGAAACUGCAAACCCACCUAAUCGUCCCCCUGAUGUUGUUGUAAAUGAUGCUACCACUGCUGACCAGGCUGCCCUCUACCGUCUCAGCGGCGACUGGAAUCCAUUACACAUCGACCCCAGUUUUGCCGCAGUUGGUGGAUUUCAAAGACCCAUAUUGCACGGACUCUGCACUUUUGGAUUUUCUGCUCGGCAUGCUCUGAAACACUUUGCAAAUAAUGAUGUAACUAAGUUUAAGGCUAUGAAGGUACGCUUUGCAAAACCUGUCUUGCCUGGACAAACACUACAAACUGAAAUGUGGAAAGAAGGCAAUAGAAUUUACCUUCAGACCAAGGUAAAAGAGACUGGGGCAAUUGCCAUUACAGGGGCUUAUGUAGACCUUACAUCAACUGUUAGUACCCUGGAGUCCAAAGAAAUCGUUCAGGCCGGAGGACUUCAGAGUGACCUUGUGUUUGAUGAGAUUAGUCGCCGUAUCAAAGAUGCUGGAGAUCAGCUGGUUAAGAAAGUAAAUGCAAUCUUUCAGUGGGACAUUACCAAAGAUGGGAAAACCGUGGCCGAAUGGACCAUUGACUUAAAGAAUGGAUCUGGAGAGGUGUAUCGUGGGAAAGUACGCGGACGUGCAGAUACUACUUUUACUCUUUCAGACCAAGAUUUUAUGGAACUCGUUCUGGGAAAACUUAACCCACAAAAGGCAUUUUUCGCUGGCAAGCUCAAAGUAAAAGGCAAUAUCAUGCUGAGCCAAAAACUUGAAACAAUACUGAAAGACUAUGCAAAGCUGUGAACAUCAAUAGUGAAGAUGACCAGUGAAAGGUGACCCUCCCAUCUUUGGAACAGAACACAGAACACUGUGUUACAAUGCUUAACGAGAAUCAGAAGAAAAAAUAUCUACCCAUGUGAUUCAACUAUAGUGUAAUCUCUAAUGUGUCGUUAUAUUGAAUGACUAAUAAAAUAGUUCAGGUUAUGGAAGCACACCCAUGUAACACUCAAAGGGUUAAACCAUGUAACAAUAACUACAGUUUUUUUUUUCUAAUCUUGGCCUUAAAUAAACUGCAACCAGUAUAAUUGUGUGUGUAAAUACCAUUUUCAAUUAAAAAUAAAUAAAUCUUAAUUUUCACA